UGGCUCUGUUGGAGAAUACACAAAGUUACACUUCGUAAAUACCAACGAAAUACUACCGCCACCAUUGUUGGGGCGAAGGGAUCGCCGCCACCACCACCAUAAUAUGCAUGCCAAUCACGUUGAUGAGGGGGCAUGAAUGAAAGAAGAAGUGUCUAUGUGUGUGUAUAAACCGACCAAACCGACAGACUGUUGAAUGGACGUACAUACAACAAAUCUAUUUUUCUUUCUUUACUUUUGCGAAAAAAUUUCAGUUGUAUUUUGAGCGUUGAAGUUUGGUGAUAUUACAAAUAUGGCGGUGGUGUGUGCGCGAGUGAAGAGAUUGCUGCGCUAACAAAUUAAAAGAAAUUUCGCAAUACUACAAAACAUUGAACAACGAAAAAAGUGAUGUCUCUCAAUGUCCAAAUGUGAGCGUAUGAGUACAAAAAAAAGUCCAAUUUAAAAAAUUACAAAAAAAAACUAAAAAACCUAUUAAUAAAAUCAAAGUUCACCUUCACUACUUAUACAACACCAUCAACCCCGGCUAAACAACAACUACGGACUGCAACAACACGACUUCAGCUAUAACAAAAAUGUAAGAACUCGCAUAUUUUCCAAUAGUACAUCAUCAUUCCGCCGUGUGUGGGAACAGUCGUCAUUGCGUUCUCCACGUUCGGACAAAUACACGAGUAAACAUUGCGGGAAACAGUGUUCAACUUCCAUGAUUGCUUCGGAAAAUGAUGUCUUUCUGGCAGCAACUGGCAAAGACGCAACAUCCACCAAGCGCCAUCAACUCCUACCCAUGCGAAACACACACUCCGAAAAGAUGACCCCAGCCACAAAGACACCACGUGUUUCGGCUUGGGCCAUAUCGUUUGAACAUUUGUUAGAGGACACCGCUGGCCUGGCUACAUUUGCGGCAUUUUUGAAAAUGGAAUUUUCGGCGGAAAAUAUCUACUUUUGGACUUCCUGCGAACGUUACAAAAAUACCGAAAAUCUCCUAGACAGACAGAUUCAAGCCAAACAUAUUUAUGGCCAAUAUCUCUCAAGCAAUAGUUCAGAGCCGGUUAAUUUGGACUCACAAACCCGCAAUCUCUCUGAGGAGGCUUUGCAACAGGCCGAUAAGGACCUGCUGGUAAAGGCUCAAAAACAGAUAUUCCAUUUAAUGAAAUUCGAUAGCUAUCAAAGGUUUAUACGUUCAGAGCUAUACAAAAAUUGCCUAAAUGCUGAGGAGAAAAAUCUAACUCUACCAUAUGGCGAUGAUAAUUUGGAUGAUAUGCUGAAGACAAAUUUUUCUCAAUGUGCCUCGCCAAAGUUAAAAAAAUCAGCCAGCAAUGCGGAAGAUCGUCGCCGUAAAAUACUUUUGCCCUGGCAUCGCAAAACCAGAAGUAAGUCCCGUGAUCGCAUGGAUGUAGCUUGUGAUGAGAGUCAUGAAACUUCAAAUGGCAGUAGUCCUGCUUUAAACACACUCGUGGUGCCUUCCACUAAAAUUACCUCGGCAAAGUCCACGGAAAGCUGUGACACACAACGUUCCUCUCUGCCGUCAUCUCUGAAAUCCAUUAACUCCACCUGUUCCCUGUGUCGAGUGAAAUUCUCAGAUGAUGCUACAACUAUAGUCCAAAUAAAGCCCAAUGAAACUGUUGGUCAACUGGUUGAAAGAUUAUUGGAAAAACGUGGCCUACGCUACAGGCUCUACGAAGUCCUAUUGAAAUCUCACAACAAAAGCAUAGAUCCUCAAACCUCAUCUCAGACAAUUGCAGGCGAAGAAGUCGAAAUAGAGCAACGUGUCACCUUUAAGCUUUAUCUGCCUGAUCCCAAAGCUAUAUCCGUUAAAAGUAAACCAAAGAAAUAUCUACAUGAAGUUGUUAUGCCCAUUCUACAAAAAUACAACUAUGACAUGGACAGCGUUGACGUUUUGCGAGGGGAUACCAUGGAGACCCUGGAUCUCGCGAAAUUGGUGACAACAGUCGAUGAUCAACGUUUAUAUGUGGUGCUAAGGCCUACAACCCUCAUGCACUCGGCUAGUAACAAAAAACUUAAAAAUGGUGCUGCAGAUUAUCAAAAUGACAGCAUAUCUUUACAUUAUAUCAAAUCCAAGGAGUUGGCUAGCGAAUUUAUAGCCCGAAAUAGUAAGAGCAACAUUAAAAGCAGCUCCGUCGGUAGUAGUUCAGAGGGGAAUCUAAUUGAAGCUACAAAUAUUAUAUUUGAAAAUAUCAUAAAGGAGAAAACACAACCAGGAAAACAAUCUCAAAGCAUCGAUCAAUAUUCGUUAAAGUCUGAUGAGUUCGGAUCGGAAAUUUCCGUGUAUUAUGAUACGCUGAACAAUAGCAAAGGUUCUUCGACGAAUUUAAGACCAAGAAUAAAAACUGCAAUUAAGCCACAUUCCAGUGAGGGUAAUAUUGCAGCAGGCGAUUUUAAUAAGCCGAUUAUAGCGAAACUCAAAGCAGGAGUCAAAUUACAAGUCACCGAAAGAGUGGCAGAAAAGCAAGAUGAGUUACUCAUAAGCCUCAAAUCGCGUCUAGACAAUCCACCUUCAAGCGUUAUGAAUGCCAAUGAACUGCUCGAUAAUGCCAGAAAUAAGGACAAUCAAAAUGAUACUGCUUUAGUUCUACGCCAUAUACGUUCAACUUUAAGCCCCAUCAACAAAACCUAUAGCCCAACAUCUUUAAAUCAUGAAUCUGUGCCUUCGCCAACGCUGGACAAACCUUCUAGUUUGACUAACCGAACGUCAUUAAUACGCAACUCACUUUUGUCAAACAGUGAAGAAACUUCUAAUCAUUCCGAAACAGAUGAAACUAGUGCAGCUUGUAAAGGGCCCCCACCUUUACCACCUAAACCAAAGGUUUUACCAACUAAACCCUCAAAUUGGGGUGCUACAAACUCAGAUUAAAUUAAAAAAAAGACGAAAUAGAGGAAAAACUCCCAUCAGAGAAAAUAUUUAAAAGAAAAAUUGAGCUAAAGAAAUUCAUUCAAAAAAAAAUAAUAUUUUUAAAAGUUUAUUUUCUAAAAAUAAGCUUAUUUUGUAUUAAAAACAAAAAUCCAUGUUAUUGUAUAUAUUUAUUUUAAACAGUUUUGUUACUAAUUUUAAGAAGUAUUAUUAAAAUUCAAUAUAUAUCUUAUUGCAUUUAAACGAA